AUGGUGGAGAGCUUAGGGCUACCUACAUCCAAACAUCCGCAUCCCUAUCGACUUCAAUGGCUAAGUGAAAAUGGUAAAGUCCGCGUCUACAAGCAGGUACGUCUUCCUUUCUCAAUUGGAAAGUAUUGUGAUGAAGUCAUAUGCAAUGUUGUCCCUAUGCAUGCUACUCAUGUUAUACUAGGAAGACCAUGGCAAUUUGAUAAGCAUGUUACUUUUGAUGGUAGGUCUAAUAAAUAUACCCUUUUACACAAUGGUAAAAGGAUGGUUUUAACACCUCUCACACCUUCACAAGUGUACGAGGACCAACUUAAGUUGCAAAGGGAAUGUGACUUAGACCGCCAAAAGAGAAAGCUAAAAGGGGCCGAAUCUGGAAAUUGCUCAACCUCGAAACUUGAGCAUUCGGCCAAGGAAAAAAAUGUUGUCCCUAGUGUUACAAAUGACCAAACAUUAGUUAAGUCAAACACUAGGAAACAAAAUAUGAUAAUCAAGGCUAAGGACGUUCGAAAAAUUGUGCAUUCUAAUAAGCCUUUGUUACUUGUGAUAUGUAAACAUGUGCUCUUGAAUGUUGAUGAACUCAAUAAGGCAUUGCCUUCGAGUGUAGUUGCUUUGUUACAGGAAUUUGAGGAUGUGUUUCCUGAUGAGAUCCCUGAUGGAUUACCACCCAUCCGAGGGAUUGAGCAUCAAAUAGACCUUAUUCCUGGAGCACCUUUAUCCAAAAAACCUGCCUACCGAAUGGGUCCGGAAGAGACUAAAUGUAACAGCCCCACUUUCCCCUAA